ACUCGCAUCCAAAUCUGGUCAAAUCACUAAUGCUUCUAUACCCUCCUUCCCGCCUUCUUUCAGCACCUCCUCCUCUUCGUCCGUAAGAAACUCCGCUCGGACUUGAUUCACGGGUAUGGAGAGACGACCAGGGUGCUCCGUCAAAUCGAUUUUUUACAAUGAUUUUUGUAUGACCAAUUGAUCAUCGCUUCUCCCAAGCCUUUGGUCAUCUCUUUCAACCUUUCGGGCAAGCAAGGUUGAAGGGCCGAACUACUACUACUACCACUACCCUUGUUGUGUUGCUUUGUAUUGUCAGGCUUAUUUGCCCUACUAGUUUCAUCUGGUGACUUAGAGCUACGUCAUUUCUUCUUCCCCCAUUCUAGUGUUCCCAAUGUCGUCUCGGCCAAGCGAUGUAAGUCAGACCAAACUUCCUCUUUUUCCUUGCCCUUUGAAUAAUUUGAAUUCAUCUUCUUCUUUUUAGAAAUUUGAAGGUUUUCUUUUGAUAAGUUAUAUUAUUAAAUAGUGAAAGGAACCAAGUUCUAUCAUAUGAGUGAGUUGUCAUGAACGUAGGAAUUCCUCUUCUUCUUUUUUUGAAGUUGGGAAUUAAGUUUUCCUAUGCCUAUACUGUUUUGGAGAUUAAUUUUGAAGCUAAUUAAGAAAUUUGAAGCAGUAUCAUUUUAUCCCAGUAAGACAAUUUUAUAAAUAUAUUUUGUACAUAUAUACUAGUAUCAUAUUGUGGUCCAAUGGAUGAUCUGGAAACCCCAAAAUGAAAGGAUUUUUCUCAAACACAUAUUUUUAAAAAAUAAAAAAGCUUUUGAGUCUGAAAUUUGAAUAAAAAAUUAAAAUUUGUGUGAACUGAAUGGCGUGGCCAAAAGGACCAAAACCCUCCAUUUCCUCUUCUCUUUUUCUUUCACAGAGACGAAGGAUUUUAUUUUAUUUAUUUGGUAUCACUAGAUAUUGUUUACUUAUUUUAUUCUCCCAAUAGAACUGCGUUUAUUUUAUCAGGGACUGUUUUUAGGGCCUUUAACCCAUUCCUUCCUUUCAGUAAGCUUUCACCUUUAUUUUAAUUUAUGAAGAGAAACGCAUUCUAUUCUGAAUCUUGUUUUUGUUUUCUUUAAAUGCAAUUCUUCAGUUCUCAGUGCUUGAAUCCAAAAUUAUGUGUAAAAGAAAUUUGUAUACUAUGCGGUCUUUCAAGUUGGAAUCUUUCGUAACUGUGGAUUAGGGCCAGGGCUAGUUAGGGUUUUUCUUUCUGUAGAUAUGAUGAAGCAGAUAUUCGGAAAGCUACCGCGAAAACCAUCGAAAUCAUCCCAACAUGAACCCAACGGUGAUGCACUCAAUGGUAAUUCCUUUUUCGACUCUUCUCUUGGACCCAAUUCUUUAAACAGCUCUAAACCUGGUUCCGCUUUUAAAUCCUCAAAUUCAGGUUCACAUUUGAACGGUGGGACUGUUAACUCUCAUUCAUCCAGUUCGGCCAACUCAAAUCAAGGGAAGAAAACUGACCCUCUUGCAAGCCAAGCAGGUCUUAUGUUGGUUUCAGGGAUUUAUGAGGCUUUGCCUGGUUUCCGGGAUGUUCCCAGCACGGAAAAGCAGAUUCUUUUACUUAAGAAGUUGAAUAUGUGUUGUGUGGUUUUUGAUUUUAGUGAUCCAACUAAGAACCUUAGGGAGAAGGACAUAAAGAAGCAGACUCUGUUGGAGCUUGUUGAUUAUAUUUCCUCAGUUACAUCCAAGUUCAAUGAGUUGGCGGUGCAAGAGAUGACUAGAAUGGUUUCUGCUAAUCUCUUUAGAACAUUUCCAUCUCCGAAUCACGAUAACAAGCUUCUAGAAAUCUAUGAUUUGGAAGAUGAGGAACCGGCCAUGGAUCCUGCUUGGCCUCAUCUUCAGAUUGUGUAUGAACUUUUACUUAGAUUUGUGGUCUCACCAGAGACUGAUGCCAAGCUUGCUAAGAGAUACAUGGAUCAUUCAUUUGUGUUGAAAUUGUUGGAUUUGUUUGAUUCAGAUGACCAUAGAGAGAGGGAUUAUCUGAAGACAAUUCUACAUCAAAUUUAUGGGAAGUUCAUGGUGCAUCGACCAUUUAUUAGGAAAGCCAUCAACAAUAUCUUCUACAGGUUUAUUUUUGAGACAGAGAAGCACAAUGGUAUAGCUGAGUUGCUUGAAAUCUUGGGAAGUAUAAUAAAUGGGUUUGCCUUGCCUUUGAAGGAAGAGCACAAGCUCUUCUUGGUACGCGCCCUGAUUCCUCUUCACAAGCCCAAGUGUGCAUCCACAUACCAUCAGCAGCUUUCUUAUUGCAUUACUCAGUUUGUUGAGAAAGACUACAAGCUGGCUGAUACUGUCAUCCGAGGCCUACUAAAGUAUUGGCCUGUCAUUAAUAGUUCAAAGGAGGUAAUGUUCGUGGGAGAGUUGGAAGAAGUUCUAGAAGCUACUCAGGCAGCAGAAUUCCAACGCUGUGUGGUUCCUCUUUUCCGUCAGAUUGGCCGCUGCCUCAAUAGCUCUCAUUUUCAGGUAGCGGAACGGGCCUUGUUUUUGUGGAACAAUGAUCACAUAAGAAAUCUGAUCAUCCAGAACCGCUCAGUAAUACUCCCUAUAAUCUUCCCUGCACUGGAGAGAAACACCAGUGGUCAUUGGAACCAGGCAGUCCAGAGCUUUACACUAAAUGUCAGGAAGAUGUUCACGGAUGUUGAUCAUAUGCUUUUUGACGAGUGUUUAUCCAGAUUCCAAGAAGAUGAAUUGAAGGAAAAAGAGAUGCAGGAAAGGCGGGAACUAACCUGGAAGCAUUUGGAAGAUGUGGUUUCAUCUACUACCGCAGCAAGUAAUGAGGCUGUACUGGUUUCUAGAUUUGUCUCUUCCAUUGCCAUUGCCACUGCUACUGCCACCAGCCCAACCCCAAUGGUGGGCAGUUGAGAGAUACAUUGAAAGCAACUGUUAAGGAAUCAGAUCAUAUCCACCAUAGUGAAAUGAUCCAUGGUGUAACCUGAAUGGUGCACCAUGGGAAUCCUGCAAUUUUUAACAUCGAGUCUCUACUUACUGAAUCAUCUGUGGAUAUUAAGGUCGUUGCUUUUACUUUAAUUCUGAAUCAUUCUUUUCUUUAUCUUCUAUACCUUCUUCCUUAUCCGUGGCCUAGGAACAUGUGUAUCAUAUCAUAAGGGACUUAGUUUUUAUGGACAGUUCGUUGUAUUUACAAUAUACUGUACUAUUCUUUGUAAUGAUGCAAGGAUAUAUAUAUUUUGACACAAAUGUAUUAUAUAACAUGUAUAAUAGCGAAAAAAAUAUAAAUAUACUUAUCCAGUGUAGAAAGGAAAA